AUGGAGCCCAAACUUCUCUCCUUAGCUGUCCUCUUCCUGGCCGUGCGGUGCGCCGCGUCCCUGCCCUGCCCUAGUCGAUGCCUUUGCUUUAAAACCACCAUCCGCUGCAUGCACUUGAUGCUGGAUCACAUCCCCAGGGUGCCUCAGCAGACAUCAGUCCUUGACUUAAAGCUGAACCGUACCAGGCAGCUGCUUCCACAGGAUAUAUUUAAAAAAUUAAAGCAGCUUUCUGCGCUGCUUCUGAAUAACAACCAAAUCAAGAAGAUUUCAAGAAAUGCUUUUGAAGGGCUUGAAAAUCUGCAAUACCUUUACUUGUACAAGAAUGAAAUCCACACAAUAGACCAGCACGCAUUUAAAGGACUUGGAUCAUUGGAGCAGCUGUAUAUUCACUUCAAUCAAAUAGAAACAGUCAAGCCAGAAACCUUCAGAGACCUCCCAAAAUUAGAAAGAUUAUUUCUGCAUAACAAUAAGUUGUCUAAGAUCCCAGCUGGAAGUUUUUCUCAUCUGGAUUCACUAAAGAGGCUACGCUUGGACUCUAAUGCCUUAGUUUGUGACUGUGAAUUAACGUGGUUGGCUGAACUAAUAAAAGAAUAUACCAGAAAUGGAAAUACUCAAGCUGCUGCCAACUGUGAAUAUCCCAAGAGACUUCAGGGCAGGUCUAUUGCAUCGUUAAUAGUGGAAGAAUUCAACUGUGAGAAACCUCGUAUUACUUCUGAGCCACAGGAUGCUGAUGUUACCCCAGGGAAUACUGUCUACUUUACUUGCAAAGCAGAAGGAAAUCCUAAACCCAAGAUAAUUUGGAUACGUAACAACCACUCGUUGGAUAUGAAAGAUGACAGGCGGUUGAAUUUGCUUGAAGAUGGGACCCUCAUGAUUCAGAAUACCAGAGAAUCUGACCAAGGCGUCUAUCAAUGUAUGGCCCGGAAUGUGGCAGGCGAAGUCAAGACACAGAGUGCUUUCCUCAGAUACUCCAGUGUUCCAACCAAGCCCAGUUUUAUCAUUCAACCCCAGAAUACAGAGGUAUUAGUUGGCACCAGCACCACUUUGGAAUGCAUGGCCACAGGCCACCCCCAACCUCACAUCAGCUGGACGAGAGGAAAUGGAGAGUUGCUGGAUGAAUCCAGGUACAACAUCACUUCUUCUGGAGGACUUUUCAUUCAGAACGUUACAUUGCAGGACCACAAUCAGUUUAUCUGCCAUGCUCAUAACAACCAGGGCUCUAUCCAAGCAUCAGCAAAUAUUAUUGUUCAAGCUCCUCCGCAGUUUACAGUAAGUCCCUACAAUCAGGUGGCAAUAGAAGGGCGCACGGUAGAUUUCCAGUGUGAAGCAGAUGGUAAUCCUCUUCCUGUGAUUGCCUGGACCAAAUCAGGAAGUCAGCUGCCUCCUGAUGGACGCCACACAGUGCUCUCAUCUGGAACAUUGCGUAUUAUACAUGUGGCCCAACAUGAUCAAAGCCAGUAUGAAUGCCAAGCUGUCAGUGCUUUGGGUGUAAGGAGAGUGACCGUCCAGCUGAAUGUGCAACCCAAAGCUCUGCCAGUAUUUUCUCAACUUCCACAAGAUACCAGCACAGAGGUUGGAAAGAAUGUAGAGAUUCCCUGCAGUGCACGUGGAGAACCUCAGCCCACAAUCAGCUGGAGCAAGACUGGUGUUCAGAUUACUGAGAGUGGCAAAUUCCAUGUGAACUCGGAUGGCACUCUUACAAUCAGAGACUUAGGACAAGGAGACCAGGGGAGAUAUGAAUGUGUUGCAAGGAACUCUUUUGGCCUGGCUACAACCAGUAUGGUGCUGACUGUUACCAUAUCGCAAGGUAGACAAGCUGGUGAUAACUUUGUUGAAUCAUCCAUUCUCAAUGCCAUCCAAAAAGUUGACAGUGCAAUUAACUCCACAAGAAGAAAUUUGUUUUCGCAGCGUCCCCGGACUCCAAAUGAUCUGUUGGCUCAAUUCCACUAUCCACGGGAUCCUUUCACUAUAGAGAUUGCAAGAGCAGGAGAGAUUUUUGAGCAAACACUUCAGCUGAUACAGGAGCACGUUAAACAGGGUCUGCAUGUUGAUUUUGAUGGAAUAGAGUUUCGCUACAAUGACCUGGUUUCCCCACACUACCUCAGUCUGAUUGCCAAUCUCUCUGGAUGUACAGCUCACAGGCGUUUCCCAAACUGCUCUGACAUCUGUUUCCAUCAAAAGUACAGAAGCUACGAUGGAACAUGCAACAACCUACAGCACCCAAUGUGGGGUGCCUCUUUGAUUGCUUUCGAACGGAUCCUUAAACCUGUGUACGAAAAUGGCUUUAACUUACCCAGGAGUGUCAGUCAUGACUCUUUGUAUAAUGGCUAUCCUCUUCCACUACCAAGGCUUAUUUCAACAGAAAUGAUUGGUACAGAGACCAUAACUCCUGAUGAUAGGUACACGCAUAUGCUCAUGCAGUGGGGCCAGUUUUUAGACCAUGACUUGGAUCAGACAGUGCCUGCACUGAGUAUGUCUCGUUUUUCUGAUGGACAGUCUUGUAGCUCAGUGUGUACUAAUGAUCCACCUUGCUUCCCCAUCAUUAUUCCUCAGAAUGAUCCCCGAGUGACAAAUUCUAAAUGCAUGUUGUUUGUUCGCUCAAGCCCAGUUUGUGGAAGUGGGAUGACCUCUUUAAUAAUGAAUUCAGUCUAUGCAAGGGAGCAGAUAAACCAUCUAACAUCAUAUAUCGAUGCUUCUAACAUUUAUGGAAGCUCUGACAGGGAAUCAGAAGAGUUAAGGGAUAAUACAAAUCAACAUGGUCUCCUCAAGGAAGGCCUGCUUGUCCCAUCUUCUGGAAAGCACUUAUUACCAUUUGCCACAGGUCCCCCGACUGAAUGCACAAGAGAUGAAAAUGAAAGCUCUAUACCUUGCUUCCUUGCAGGAGAUCACCGAGCCAAUGAGCAGCUGGGCCUCACAGCCAUGCACACAUUGUGGUUCCGUGAACAUAACCGCAUAGCAAGGGCACUGUUGAAAAUGAACCCACACUGGGAUGGAGAUACUAUUUACAAUGAAGUCAGAAAGAUUGUUGGUGCGCAGAUGCAACAUAUUACCUAUAGCCACUGGCUACCCAAGAUCCUUGGUGACCAUGGCAUGAAGAUGAUGGGUGACUACAAAGGUUAUAACCCCAAUGUGAAUGCCGGGAUUAUUAAUGCCUUUGCAACUGCAGCUUUUAGGUUUGGCCACACAUUGAUCAAUCCGAUUCUUUAUCGCUUGAAUGAGACCUUUGGAGAAAUCCCACAAGGCCAUCUUCCACUCCACAAAGCUUUCUUUUCACCAUUCCGGAUAAUCCAGGAAGGUGGCAUUGAUCCACUCCUGCGUGGCCUUUUUGGCGUUGCUGGUAAAAUGCGAGUAUCUUCUCAGCUUUUGAACCUGGAGCUGACCGAGAGGCUUUUCUCCAUGGCACACUCAGUGGCUCUGGAUCUGGCAGCUACGAAUAUCCAGAGGGGGCGUGACCAUGGGAUUCCUCCAUACGUUGACUAUAGGGUUUUCUGUAAUUUAACCUCAGUUGAGAAGUUUGAGGAUCUUCACAAUGAGAUUAAAGAGCCAAAGAUUAGAGAAAAGCUGAAAAAGCUGUAUGGUACACCACUGAACAUCGACUUUUGGCCAGCUCUGAUGGUGGAGGACCUGAUUCCUGGUACAAGAGUGGGACCAACCCUAAUGUGCCUUUUUGUCACUCAGUUUCAACGUCUCAGGGAUGGAGAUAGGUUUUGGUAUGAAAAUCCUGGAGUGUUUACAAUGGCACAACUCACUCAGCUGAAGCAGGCCUCUUUGGCACGUGUACUCUGUGACAAUGGGGACAACAUCCAGCAGGUCCAGCCUGAUGUCUUCUUAAAGGCAGAUUACCCUCAGGGAUACAUGAGCUGCAGUGAGAUACCAAAGAUUGAUUUGAGAUUGUGGCAGGACUGUUGCGAAGACUGUAGGACAAGGGGACAGUUUGGGGCUCUGUCACACCACUUUAGGAGCAAACGGUCUGCUGAAUACAGUUAUCCCAAAGAGAAGCACAAAAGGGGUGAGGAGACCAGUACAAGAAGCAGACACCAGGGAGAUUUGCACAAGCAUAGAAAGGCAGCUAGUGCAACACAUCUCACUGACAUAGUAUCCAGUGGAUUUGCUCAGGAAUUCAGCCAUUUUGCUGCCGAAGUUGAUGAGACCAUUGCAGUUCUAAAACAGCAGAUAAACAAGCUGGAGGCUCGCCUGAGGCAGGAAGGUUGCAUGGAUGAUGGGAUUCAGCGGAAGGAAAAUGAACACUGGAUGAAGGAAGACUGCAUUAGCUGUAGCUGUAAGAAUGGCCAAAUAACCUGUACUGUGGAGACGUGUCCCUCAGUAGAGUGUUCGACCCCCACAAAGCUGGAAGGAAAAUGCUGUCCAGACUGCAUAGACAAUGAAAACCCUAUAGAAUCACCAAUAGAACUUGAACCUGAUUCCUCUGACAAGGAGCUACCUUUAGGAACUAUCUAGUAGGGGGCUGUAGUCUCCCAAUUCAAAGGUUCUGACAAGAAGUUACAAGCACUGCUGACUACAAUACCUGCACUAAAAUGUUUGAUGUAAAAACACUGAUGAAACAAUCAAGUCACUUUAGGCUUUUCACCAUGGUGGGCAUAUUCUAUAAAGUUAUCUUUCAACAUUGGUAGAUCUAAUCUAAGGGUGAGCAAGGGCAUGAAAGACUCUACUGAAAGCCCUUUACAGAUUAUUAUAUCUUGUACUCUGCCAUUGGAAGUUGUUAAAUGUUAGAUUCAUAAAUUCAAUUUUAAAUUUGUUGUUCUCCUUCUCCCAAAAGUCAGGGAGGCAAAAAGAUUUAAAAGCAUGGGAUUUCUUUGAAUCUUA